UCGAUUACAGCUCAGCUGCAGUUUUUUUUGAAGUGAUGCUUUGACCGAUCUAAUUAUAAGGUAGAUCAGUGAUUAUAAAACCUAUAAAUUUUAUUAAAUAACCUCAUUUCUUUGCUGAAUCGCCAAUUUGUGACGAGUUAUAUGUUGCUGAUUGAUGGCGAAAAUGGAUAGCAAACUGAGCGCUCACGAUCGACAAGACCUGGAGAAGUAUACAAAGUUUUUGGCCAUCAAAGCUACGCAGAUCAUUGUCAACAGCAGACUUGGUGAACCCGUCUCGACCAAUUGCAAACCACUAUCGUCGGGCACGGACUGGUUCAACCUGGCCAUCCCUGACCUACCUGAAGUGUCAGCCCAAACAAGGAGCAUUCUGUCUGGCAGCAAUCCCUGCCAGAAACUGCCCAUUUGUGUAGAAAUCAGCCUUAAGACUUCAGAAGGAGACAGCAUGAUUUUAGAAACAUGGUUGCUGAACAUGGGGGAUCCAACAGACCAUGCUACGAAAGUAACUCACACCAUCUACAAUCGAAUGUCUCUGCUGCUCAAAUCCUUGCUGGCUGUCACAAGAGUAACCCCGGCUUACAAACUUUCUCGGAGACAGGGAGCGGACUCGUACCUUAUUUGCUACAGAAUUUACAGUGGUGAACCUCAAUUACAGUUGUUAGGUGAGGGUCACAACCAAGCAAGAGUAGGCCAGUUGACCACUCCCUUGGGAACAAUCCAGCUGUCGGUGGCUUACAGGACGAAAAUGACAAUAUCACCCCAGCACACCAAGGACAUUAUGGUCAAAUCUGACCACUUCAACCCAGACCUCAGCCCAAAGCACACGAGAUAUCAAAAUAUCGAGGAUUCAGACAGUUCGCUGAGCAGCACUAUCAAAGCAGGUGCCUUUGCUGACCCCGGCUCGAAGAGGCCACACUCAAGAUUAUUUGCAGUGGACUCUGAUGAGGUUCCUUUCGCCAACUUGCUCAUAACAGCUUCCAAACAGCCAGCUCAGGAUCAAAACAACGCAACGAAGAGCAAGCCAGACAAUAAUGGCAACAAUAAUGCUCCAGCAGCCAAUCCAGUGUCAGCCAAAACCAGCUCGGAUAGCGUUUCGAGAAGGUCAAGUAGCUCUGCUACGGACGACUUCAUCAUGGUCGACUUGAAAACACCCUUUGCUGGUGGCAACCUGAACAGUGAUCUUGGCACAUUCUACAGGGAGUGCCAAACCGCACCACCCCUCAAAACCUUCUUAGAGCAGCCUACGUUGGCAGAGCAGGUGUCGGCUUUGCCGUCCCAACUGGCAAUGUUUGAGAAAAGCCAGGCUGAAUUUGACGCCCUGGUAACCUCCCUAAUUUCACAGCCCUCUCUCACUUGAGCCAAUCAUGUUGCAAGAGUUGUUAUUUCAUUGUUGGUUACUUGUUGCUCUUGUUAAAGACUGAUUAUCCUGACACGAUGUCAUCUUUUGCCAUAUUAGACUUAUUGCGUUACCAAAAUUUAUUAUUGGAUAUUGGAUUUGUGGCCUUAAAGAAACCUUGUCCAAAACUUGCAAAUAAGCAAUUGAUUUACCAAAAAAGAGAUUAUUGGUAUUGACUGUAAAAGGCAAAGACUGUAAAUAUGGUUGAACGCCUUUAAUAUAAAAGAAAAAUGUAUAGGUAGCAAUGAAGAGCACACUCUGCACACAAUUUCAUUUAUUAAAAACUUUCAGUGCUUGUCAAAAGAGCUUUAAAAGCUGUUCAAGCACUCUAGUCCACAUUUAAUUACCCUCUUCAACAUGAGCCUGAAUCUCUUCAAAAAUUUUCGCUUAUGAAAUGAACUAAAUUUGUGAAUCUUCUACUUAAUUUUUGAUUCUUACCAAGGUUCUAUUUUACCAGUUUAAUGAGAACAAUUUCUAUCUAUCAAGUCAGCAAGUCAGUUUGAGAAAAAUGUAUUAACUUGUGACAGGAGCUUCCUAUGCUAGAUUGCAAAAUCAUCACAAGGCAAAAGACUAAUUUUUUUAUUGUUCUUUGAAGCAAGCGAGUGAGAGAUUGCUGGAUGAUAUCGGUUGGGGGACGGGGGGAUUUUUAAUCAAGAUUCUUAAUAAAUUUUACAAUGGGAAAAUUUGGAAGAAAUUCUUUGACUUGAUUAAAGUCAACUAUUACUCAUUAUACACCAUGCUUAGUGGUGUUAAUGCAUAAAUAUAAUAAAAUUAUUGUCCUCAAGAGUCUUGUAAAAUAUUGGAUAACAAGAAAUAAAGCUAGUAAAUUAUAAUAUUUCUAUUUAUUUCUGAUGAUUUAAAGCUUGUGUGAGUGAAACACUUUACCAGAUUUAGUUGGAAUGAAAUAGCUCUCAUUAUUUUAUUGAGAUGGAAUCAGAUGCAGCAAAUACAUUGUUUACUCUUUUUAAUUUUUUUUCACACGGCACAAUUUAAGGGUGUCCCGUUUUAUUUUCACAUCCAGAGAGAUUCAAUAAAACACCAAAAGUUAUAGAGACAAAUCACAGAGAGC